AAAGCGAUCUCGUUGUUUGGCGCGUACCGUGCACUAGUGUUUUCUUCCUUCCUGCGCGGCGGGCUGGCCUCAGUCGAAGAAGCGGCGGGCCUGUGAACUAAUGAGAGAAGGAUGUCUCCCCAAAACUUUGAAUUCCAUCUGCCCUUAUCUCCAGAGGAGUUGCUGAAAAGUGGAGGUGUGAAUCAGUAUGUUGUUCAAGAGGUACUGCCCGUCAAGCAUCUUGCAUCCCAACUUAGAGCCUUUCAGUCUGCUUUCCGAGCUGGGGGACCCCUCGCUAUACUGGAGCACUUUGAUACAGUCUACAGUAUUUUACAUCACUUUCGAAGUAUAGAUCCUGGCCUCAAGGAAGAUACCCUGGAAUUCCUGAUAAAAGUGGUAUCCUGCCACUCCCAGGAACUUCCAUCCAUCCUGGAUGAUGCAACUUUGAGUGUAUCAGAUAGAAGUGCCCAUCUAAAUGCCCUCAAAAUGAACUGCUAUGCCCUGAUACGCCUCUUGGAGUCCUUUGAAAAUAUGACCAGCCGGACAAGCCUCAUCGACCUGGACGUGGGUGGGAAGGGGAAGAGGGCCCGGGCCAAGGCAGCCCUUGGCUUUGACUGGGAGGAAGAGAGACAAACAGUUCUCCAGCUUCUAACACAGCUACUCCAGCUGGACAUUCGUCACCUAUGGAACCACUCUGUAAUUGAGGAAGAAUUUGUCAGUUUGGUUACUGGCUGUUGCUACCGGCUUUUGGAGAAUCCCACCAUUAGUCACCAGAAGAACCGCGCCACCAGGGAAGCCAUAGCCCACCUGCUUGGGGUGGCCUUGGUCCGGUACAAUCACAUGCUCAGUGCGACUGUGAAGAUCAUCCAGAUGCUGCAGCACUUUGAACACCUGCCCUCCGUACUGGUGGCCGCCGUGAGUCUGUGGGCCACAGACUACGGGAUGAAGAGCAUAGUGGGGGAGAUCGUAAGAGAGAUCGGGCAGAAGGGUCCACAGGAGCUGAGUCGAGACACAGCGGGAGCCAAGGGCUUUGCGGCUUUCCUCACUGAGCUAGCAGAGCGGGUCCCAGCUGUCCUCAUGUCCAGCAUGUGCAUUCUGCUAGAUCAUCUGGAUGGAGAGAAUUACAUGAUGCGCAAUGCUGUGCUAGCAGCCAUGGCCGAGAUGAUACUACAGGUUCUAAAAGGUGACCAACUAGAAGAAACAGCCCGAGAAACCAGAGACCAAUUCUUGGACAUCUUGCAAGCUCAUGGCCAUGAUGUUAACUCCUUUGUUCGAAGCCGUGUUCUUCAGCUCUUUACCCGCAUUGUUCAACAGAAGGUGCUCCCCCUGACCCGUUUCCAGGCAGUGGUGGCCUUAGCUGUGGGACGUCUAUCAGACAAGUCGGUGCUGGUGUGUAAAAAUGCCAUCCAGCUGCUGGCCAGCUUCCUAGCCAAUAACCCCUUCUCCUGCAAGCUCAGUGACGCUGACCUUGCUGGACCACUGCAGAAGGAGAUCCAGAAACUACAAGAAAUGAAAGCCCAGAGGCGAACUGCAGCUGCUUCUGCAGCCCUAGACCCAGAGGAGGAGUGGGAAGCCAUGUUGCCAGAAUUGAAGUCUACCCUGCAGCAGCUCCUAAAGCUUCCCCAGGAAGAGGCAGAUCAACCAAUCACUGACACAGAGACUGUGGAGGAGGUGAAAGGACGCAUCCGACAGCUGCUGGCCAGAGCUAGUUACAAGUACGUGAGGAAGACUAGGGUAACCACCAGCCACUUCCAGGAGUCUGAACCCUUCUCCCCACAUAUACCUAAGCAGAACUGUCCUGUACCUCUCUGAUUCCUAGGCCCUGCAGCUUCCACACAGGGCUCUCCUGGGGACGCAGUCCCAGGGCUGACGGACAGUAAAGAGUCUCCCAGUGUGUCUGAGCCUGAGGGAUCCCAGAGGAAUGAUGAGCUGGUGAAGCAGGAGAUGCUGGUGCAGUAUCUGCAGGAUGCCUACAGCUUCUCCCAGAAGGUGACAGAGGCCAUUGGCAUCAUCAGCAAGAUGAUGUAUGAAAACACAACCCCAGUGGUGCAGGAGGUGAUUGAAUUCUUUGUGAUGGUGUUCCAAUUUGGGGUGCCCCAGGCCCUGUUUGGGGUUCGCCGCAUGCUGCCUCUCAUCUGGUCUAAGGAGUCCGGUGUCCGGGAAGCUGUCCUUAAUGCCUACCGCCAACUCUACCUCAGCCCGAAAGGGGACUCGGCCAGAGCCAAGGCCCAGGCCUUGAUCCAGAACCUGUCCUUGUUGUUAGUGGACGCCUCGGUCGGGACCAUUCAGUGUCUUGAGGAAAUUCUCUGUGAGUUUGUGCAGAAGGAUGAGAUAAAACCAGCAGUGACCCAACUGCUGUGGGAGCGAGCCACGGAAAAGGUCCCCUGCUCUCCUCUGGAGCGCUGCUCCUCUGUCAUGCUUCUUGGCAUGAUGGCGCGAGGAAGACCAGAGAUUGUGGGAAGCAAUUUAGACACGCUGGUGAGGGUGGGGCUGGAUGAGACGUUCCCCCAGGACUACAGGCUGGCCCAGCAGGUGUGCCUUGCCAUUGCCAACAUCUCGGACAGGAGGAAGCCUUCCCUGGGUGAACGCCAACCCCCCUUCCGGCUGCCUCAGGAACACAGGUUGUUUGAACGACUUCGAGAGAUGGUCACAAAGGGCUUUACACAUCCAGAUCCCCUCUGGAUCCCAUUCAAAGAGGUAGCAGUGACCCUGACCUACCAGCUGGCAGAGGGCCCUGAAGUGAUCUGUGCCCAGAUGUUGCAAGGCUGUGCAAAGCAAGCCUUGGAGAAGCUUGAGAAGCACACCCCUGAGGAGGACCCCAAGAAGGAGCCUGUCCCCAGGCUCCCCACGUUCCUGCUGAUGAACCUGCUGUCACUGGCUGGGGAUGUGGCCCUGCAGCAGCUGGUGCAUUUAGAACAAGCAGUGAGUGGAGAGCUGGGGCGGCGGCGAGUUCUUCGGGAAGAGCAGGAACACAGGACUAAAGAGCCCAAGGAGAAGAAUACGAGCUCUGAGACAACCAUGGAGGAAGAGCUGGGGCUGGUCGGGGCCACUGCUGACGACACAGAGGCAGAGCUGAUCCGCAGCAUCUGUGAGAAGGAGCUGCUGGACGGCAAUCAGGUCCUAGCCGCCUUCGUCCCACUGCUGCUUAAGGUCUGCAACAACCCUGGCCUGUAUGGCAACCCAGACCUCUGUGCGGCUGCUUCGCUGGCCCUCGGCAAGUUCUGCAUGAUCAGUGCCACCUUCUGUGACUCCCAGCUUCGUCUUCUCUUCACCAUGCUUGAAAAGUCUUCACUCCCCACUGUCCGGUCUAAUCUCAUGGUUGCCACUGGGGAUCUGGCUAUCCGCUUCCCCAACCUGGUGGACCCCUGGACUCCUCACCUGUAUGCCCGCCUCCGAGACCCAGCUCAGCAAGUGCGGAGGACGGCAGGCCUGGUGAUGACGCACCUGAUCCUGAAGGACAUGGUGAAGGUGAAGGGUCAGGUCAGCGAGAUGGCUGUGCUGCUCAUCGACCCUGUGCCGCAGAUUGCUGCCCUGGCCAAGAACUUCUUCAAUGAGCUCUCCCACAAGGGCAAUGCAAUUUAUAAUCUCCUCCCUGACAUCAUCAGUCGCCUGUCAGACCCAGAGGGUGGGGUGGAGGAGGAGUCCUUCCACACCAUCAUGAAGCAGCUGCUCUCCUACAUCACCAAGGACAAGCAGACGGAGAGCCUGGUGGAGAAGCUCUGUCAGCGCUUCCGCACAGCCCGAACUGAGCGGCAGUACCGCGAUCUGGCCUACUGCGUGUCCCAGCUGCCCCUCACGGAGCGCGGCCUCCACAAGAUGCUGGACCACUUUGACUGCUUUGGAGACAAGCUGUUGGACGAAUCUGUCUUCGGAUCUUUCUUGUUGGUUGUGGGCAAACUGCGUCGUGGGGCCAAGCCUGAGGGCAAGGCUGUCAUAGAUGAAUUUGAGCAGAAGCUUCGGGCCUGUCACACCAGAGGCAUGGAUGGAGCAGAGGAGCUUGAAACUGGCCAAGGAGGCAGCCAGAGAGCCCUGUCUUCCAAGAAACCCUCUGCUGUCUCCAGGCAGCAGCCUCUGACCUCUGUAGAUUCAGACAGUGACUUUGUCACACCUAAGCCCCGACGCACCAACCCUCGUCGUCCAAACACUCAGCAAUCCAAGUCCAAGAAGAAAGCCAAAGUUGUCUUUUCCAGCGAUGAGGCCAGUGAGGACGAGCUUUCAGCGGAGAUGACGGAAGAAGAGACACCCAAGAGAACCACCCCCAUCCGCAGAGCAUCUGCGCGAAGACACAGGUCCUAGGAGAUGUCUUCACCUCCCGAGUCCCUGCCGUGCAGGGUCUCACUGAUGGUUCUGCAUUCAGUUCCUCCGUGUAACGUGUGUUGCCUCCUUGUUUUUAACGUGUAAAUGGUCUUUGCAUUGAAGGCCUUUCUCUUAGAGCCCAUCUGUCUGCUGUGUUCACUUUCCAAGACACUUACAAUCACUGUUUUCUAGUGAAUAAAUGCUUUUAUAUACUUUUAAGCA